CACAAGCAACAUCCAUGAAUAUUUCAAGAUUUUCUUCCUCUUUUCUCCUUUUCUUUUCAAUUUCUAACUUGGUUUCCUUCAUGGGUCGAAUUUCUGUUUCUGAAAUAUUGCAAUUCUUUGUCAUUUUCAGCCAUCUUAUUCUGAUAAUGAUUUUUUUUGUAAUGCUUUGCCAUUCCAAGACUGUUUUCAAGACAAAGAUACAAUUUUGUGGACUCCCAAAUGUUUAAUUUUGCUUUUGUUCGAUAUAUAAGUCAUUAGCAAUGUUUGCAUGGUUUAUUCAAGAAAUUGAAAUUUAAUCAAAUAUCAUAUUUUUUUCAUGAAUUUAGGUUAUGUUUGCUUAAUGGUAGCAUCGUGUGAAAGGCUCAAUGAGUACAUCUGCUCUGGGGAAACCAUCUUCAGGCAAGAGAAGAUUGAAAGAUCUCUUAAGUCAAAGUGAUAAUCGUGUAUGUGCAGAUUGCUCGGCCCCUGACCCAAAAUGGGCAUCAUCAAAUAUUGGAGUGUUUCUAUGCUUAAAAUGCUGUGGUGUUCACAGAAGCCUUGGUGCAAAUAUUUCAAAGGUUUUGUCUGUGACAUUAGAUGAGUGGAAUGAGGAAGAUAUCGAAGCUGUGAUUGAGGUUGGAGGGAAUGCAUCAGCGAAUUCGAUCUAUGAAUCUUACCUCCCCGAAGGGGUGUCGAAGCCAGCACAUGAUGCUGGCCACGAAGAACGCACACAAUUUAUCAAGUCUAAAUAUGAGCAACAAGCAUUCUUGAAGCCUAGCCUGCGUAUUCAAGCCGGAGCUGCUGCAAAGAAUUCCUCACAACCGAUUUCAUCCCGGGAGAUUGUCAACAGCCAACAAAGUUCGAGUACAUCAGAAAACUCAGAAUUUCUUGGAAAAAUGAAGGUUAAAGUAGUUAAAGGCUCGAACUUAGCUGUUCGAGAUAUGCUAUCAAGCGAUCCAUAUGUUUUGCUGAUUCUUGGCCAGCAGAAAGUGCAAACGAACGUGGUGAAUAGCAAUUUGAAUCCGGUGUGGAACGAGGUGCUUACACUUUCUGUUCCGCAUGAUUACAGCCAGAUCAAACUGCAAGUUUAUGACCACGACACGUUCACAGCGGACGACAUAAUGGGAGAGGCGGACAUAGACAUCCAGCCUAUGAUCACCUCAGCACUGGCAUACGGAGAUGCCAAGAAGUUCGCGGACAUGCAGAUAGGGAAGUGGCUGAAGUCGUACAACAACGCCCUCAUAGAGGAUAGCCCGGUCAACAUUGUGGCUGGGAAGGUGAGGCAGGAGCUGUGGGUAAGGCUCCAGAAUGUAGAAUCUGGUGAACUAGAACUUGAACUAGAGUGGGUUCCUCUUUGAAACCCUUUACUUUUUCUUUUUGUGUACACACACCAAUUUUACCCCAAUCCCCCAUUGUUGUUGUUUUAGAGAAUAAAUUCAAUCAUGUACUAUAAUUUUUUCUCUGUUUU